AUGCUGCAAGCUGCUGUAGGCCAAAGCAGCUUUCCGGCUCCAGAGCUGGCCAAGCAGGUGUUGCUGAUGUUGACGGUGACAUCGAAUGCUCGUGACAGUCUUGCCUCGUAUGAACGAUUGGCUCCUACGGCGGCCCAGCGUGUGCGGAGAGAUGCUUCCUGCAUCAAUCUCGCGAAUGUCACCAAGAUCUUCCUGAACUUCGAAAAGACGAAGACGGCUCUCGGUGAAGGAUUGAGCAAGGUCCGGGAGGAGAUCAGCAGCGCUGAGGCGGGCGUUCAGGAGCUGGUCGGUGCUUUUUUGGCAAUCCCCCUCGACCAACACAUAGCCGUAGACUGGCAUGUGCUGGUCGAUGCUUUGAAUGUGCUUGGCCAGUCGAUUGUCGAGAGAAUUUCUACGGCAGUCAGCAAAACUGAGAGCAUCGUGCAGGGCAAGCACAGUGGCGGCAAGGAUGACUGGCGGCAUCAACUCCCGGCAGGUGCCGAUGGUCCGGCAGUGCUUCGCAUCGGCGCAGAGGCGUUGAAGAACGUCGAGGGCAAGACAUUGGGUGAUGCCAUUGAAGUGAUGGAAGAGGUGGCAUUGUGUGUGUCGAAGGCUGCCGAGCAGGCGCAGAAGAGCUACGGUGCCGUGGUCAAGUGCUUGCGAAAGCAGUCCGACAGUGUGGAGCUCAUUGGAUGGAAUGCUCUCGAGGAGAACUCCAAAAUGCUCCAGAGCUCCCUGAAAACUUUCCGCAUGGCAUUCUGUGAGGGCUUGGUGAUUUGGGCUGCCACCUCAGCACCCACAAAGGCGAUCAUGGCAAGCCUUCGAGCCCAGGAGGCCCUCAUUGCUGGUGAAGUCAUUGAUGAGGCAUGCAUGCAGCCGAAAAUCUUGGAGAAGCUGCGUGAGCUUUUGGCCCGCGGAACGGCACUGGCCUAA